AUGGCAGGAUUAGGCCGACGAACGCACUAUCGAAAGCAUUUGACGGAUUCUGUUCUCAAUGAUUUGCCUGAGCCCAAGGAAAUCGAAAAAAUAGCCAAAGUAGUCUCAACAAGAGGACUGAAUCAAUUUGACAUUUUGGUUGCCAGCCAAGGUGACGAAGUGGACGCCAAUCGCACGCCACAAUUGGCUAUUCUUCCAACCAAGUUCCACAAAUUGGUCUGGGUCAAAAGGAAUGACUUCGUGAUCGUAGAGACGGGUGAUGACAGUACUGAAAAUGGCGACGACAAAAAGGACGGAAUCCGAUUCAUGAUAUCCCACAUUUUGUACAAGGAUCAAAUCAAGCACUUGAAAUCCAAAAGUCUCUGGCCAGUGAAUGAUCCCGAGUUUGAAAGUGAGGCUGGUGAGGAAGUAAUAGAGGAUCCAAAAGAAGAGGAUGAUGGGAUUGUGUAUGGAAAUGAUUACUAUGAUAUGGGGGAAGAAAACGACGAUGAUCUCUUUGUCAAUACGAAUCGUUUAGCCCGGUUAGAAAUUCAAGAUUCUUCGGACAGUGAAAGCAGUGAUGAAGAAUAA